AUGUCCAAUCUAUUUUCUGGCAUCAACGCCCGUUUUCGAGGCGGAUCAAACAAGUCACCCGGUCCUCAAAAGAGCCCAACCCCCUCAAGCGGCCAGCUGCCAGUCUCCGACUCCCAGUUACAAGGAAGCCAGUCGUCAGCCAGCCUGGCCCCCAAGGUACCUCCGCUGCCGAACUCGCCCUCGCUCGCCCAGACAAUCGGCAUGGAUGAGAAAAACGGUAGCAUCCAAAGCGGUGAUGAUGUCAUCAACUCCUAUCACCUUCCGAGGCCGCUGCCGUUAUGGCUGAACGCCAACUGCACCAAACAUAUUGUCAAAGGCAACUUCAUGACCCUAAGUGCUAGACCCAAGACAGUCGAGCAAGGAGAAUGGAUCGCUCAUCAGGUUGUCGAGCACUACCGAAACCUUUGGAACUUUGUCCGCGUCGUACACGAGAAAGAAGACAAUGGAUUUUCCAUCUGUAACUCCACAACAUGUCCCCGCACCUCGGCCGGAGCUAAUCACUCUUUUACCUGGCUCAACAGAGACCGGGAACCCGUCGAGCUUCCCGCAUACGAAUACAUGACAUUGAUGCAGCGAUGGAUUUCCGGCAAGAUUGACGACCCGGCCAAUUUCCCUACCGACCCAUCUGGUGUCUCGUACGCCCACAACCCCGCGAUAACUACCACGCCACUGUCACAGCUGUCGAACCCUGGCGAAAAGGAGUGGCUUGGCAAGCGAUCUGGAUUCCCCGAAAAGUUUCUUGAGAUCUCACAGAUGAUUUUCCGUCAAAUGUUCCGCGUAUACUCUCACCUAUACUGGUCACACUUUACGGAACCAUUCUACCACUUGAACCUGGAGAAGCAGCUCAACAGUUGCUUCUCCCACUUUAUCCUUACCGCCACGGCUCUCGAUCUGCUGGGCCCGCAUGAGCUGGAGCCCAUGCAGCCUCUUGUCGACCUUUGGGCAGCCAACGGCACAUUCCCACCGGAGUCCAAAGCUUACGAGUACGCCAACCUCCGUGCCGGCGAGCGACUGUUGCAGCUGGCUGGCAUGACGCAGUAG